AUGUCGUUCUUUAAUAAUCUUAAGAAGGUGCUACACUUGGGCGGUGGAAAUGACGCGAAAAAGAAAAGAGUGUUUAGCAAUAUCAAGGAUAAUAGUGAUCCCAAUGAACACUGGGACAUGAUUGGGGAGCUGGGUGAUGGCGCCUUUGGAAAGGUGUACAAAGCCCAGCAUAAAACAACAGCCCAAUUAGCCGCUGCCAAAAUGUGUGUGUUGGACAAUGAAGAUGAUUUAGCGGACUUUACAGUGGAGAUUGACAUUUUGACUGAAUGCAGACACCCGAAUGUGGUGGAACUGCAUGAGGCGUACUUCAUUGACAAUAAGCUAUGGAUGCUGCUCGAAUACUGCGAUGGUGGCGCCCUCGACUCGGUGAUGGCGGAAUUGGAGAAAGGGCUCAAUGAAUCGCAGAUAGCCUACGUUUGUCGCGAAAUGUGUAAAGGACUGGAGUUCCUGCACUCCAUGAAGGUUAUUCACCGGGAUUUGAAGGCUGGAAAUGUACUCGCCACUAUGACUGGUGGUGUUAAAUUGGCGGAUUUCGGCGUGUCGGCAAAGAAUAAAUCAACACUGCAGAAGCACGAUACCUUCAUCGGAACACCUUAUUGGAUGGCUCCUGAAGUUGUUCUCUGCGAGACGUUUAGGGACCAUCCCUAUGAUUUUAAGGUGGAUAUCUGGUCGCUCGGUAUAACAUUGAUCGAGUUCGCUCAAAUAGAGCCCCCUAAUCACGAGAUGACUCCGAUGCGGGUGCUCCUGAAGAUACAGAAGAGUGACCCUCCGACACUUGAGCAGCCCUCGAGAUGGACGAAGCAUUUUAAUGAUUUUAUAUCCAAAGCGCUUGUGAAGGACCCAGAAAAGCGUCCAACAUCAACGGACCUUCUGAAGCACGAGUUCGUCAGCGGAAAUCUCGAUUCGAAAUCUCUGAGGGAUCUCUUACUCGAGUACAGAGCUGAGGUGGUCGAAGAAGAGCUUUUGGAUGAUGAUUCCGAGGAACAUCGCAGCUCUCAAAUGCAGAUGGAGAUAGAAGAUGACUCAACAUCUGUGCGGUCGGGCGAGACGCCGGACAUCAAGAUGUCGGAACAAGACGCGUCCGCCCCCCGCGCAACAGCCGCAGCCCCGCCCCGUUCGCCACGCGCUGCUUCGCCCGCGCCCCUUCAGCCCUCACAGCAAACGCAGCCAGCAAAGCGGCCGCACGACGACGCGGAUAUCGAUCACCGGCACGCUGACAGGAAGCCGCCCGCCCCAAAGAAAGAAAAAGGCCCUGCGCCCCCUCCCCCUGCGGUGUCAGCUACCCCGCCAACCCCUACAACACCCAUUACCCCAAUACAGUCACCGUCGACCCCCACACAAGCUGGCAUACCUCCAGCCCCCUCACAACCGCCUGUACAAUCAACGACACCCGUCACACAAUCCUCUACACAGAGUACCCCAACGCAAUCACCUACCCCCCUACAGACUCCAACAACCCCCUUACAAAGCCCUACAGAAACAGCGCCCUUGACGCCCUCACAGGCCGCUACGCGUGGGGGCCGCAAACAGCCCGCGCCGCCACCGCCAGCCCCCACUCCCGCCAGUCCCACUACCGCUGGCAAGUUUAUUGUGGAUCAGGUGUGUCGAGAAGCCGAACAGGCGGUAGAAAAACAAUCAAUAAAUCCAGAGAUACAGUUAACAGAUACAAAACCAAAGCCAGAUAGACCCGAACUGACAGACAACGAAACUGUCAGUGUCACUGUCAAACAUGACGUUAACAGAAAUAGCACGGAAAUUGACAGGAAUAAUAUCAAAAUUGACGCCAAGACAGACGAUAAAAUAAACGAGAAAACAACAGAUGUUGUAAAUGAAAUUAAAAGCAUCGACGAUUCUAGGAAACAAAAAGAAGUGAAGAGAAGAAGUAUGGAGAUUGAGAGCAAACUAGAAAAGUCUAAAAGUCUAGCCACGCAAAGGCAAAGUCUCACCGAUGUUAGAGAGACUUACGAAAAGAGAGCUUUGGAAGAGAGGAAGAGCUUCGAUUCAGAGGUGAGAGAGGUUAAAAGAGAGGGAGAGAAGGAGAAGGCUAGAUCGACGGAUGAGAUAGGUGCGAGCGAGACGAAGAGAGUCAGUGCUGAGAUCAGUAGAAUCGAGUCGAGGUCGCGGAGUAUGGACGAUAAAGACCGAUUGGAUCGGGCGAUUCGGGAUUAUUCGAGAUCCAGUUCGAUAGAUAAGAGUUCCAUCGAGAUUAAACCAGUUGUGACACCAACCCGUCAGCCAUCACCAUCUCAAGCGGUAACAGUGGUGUCAGUGAGUGCUGAACCGAACUCCUUGGACGCGGUGCCUUGCGGUCUCGUCACGGUAACCACGACGCAUCCUCCCGUACUUAGCACAGGCGCCAGACUGCCUCCGAACGCAGUGACGAUAUCCAGCACCCCGCCCAUCAACGACGAGGUGGUGGUGGUGGGCGGUUCUGCAAGCGUGGUCACCACCGCCACGGGUUCCUCCUCCGAUGAUGACUGUUUCGCUCCCUCGUCCCUUGACUCACUGGAUUGCACCACGUGCUACACUGAGAAGAGUAGAGGCCGUCGCCUGGACAGCAGUGAAGUGCUGAUCCUUAGCCCUGGAGCUGGUGAUUCGGGUCUCGGGUUCGAAGAUUCUCAUAAUCUCAAUUUGGACACAUCCCAUGUCUCAGUGGUGACAGUCGGCGCAGAAGAAGUGCGGGUUCGAGACUCGGCGGCGACGCAUAUAGCGUUACCGCACAACGACCACGCCAGCAGACUUAGCCCUGAUAGCUUUGAAAGUCGCCGCUCUGACAGUGGUUCCGGAAGGUCGGAGAGGUCGCGCCGUGGUGAUGCGGACUCUUUGGCGACUACGGCCUCACAUGACUCUCCGCACCUUAAUGGCGGUGGACGGGUAAAUAAAGACAGUCAGAGCAUAGAAGAGAAUGGAGAAACGGAAGUAGUAUUGAGAAGGAAACCCCAAGAGAACGUCAAUAGGAUACAGAGGUCUAAAGAAGACAUACAUAUGGCGAAUCUGAAGAAGAAGACUCGGAAACGCACGAGGAAGUUUGAAAUUGACGGCGUUAUCGUUACUACUACAACUCAUAAGGUGAUAUGGGGUGACGAAGAAAGCGGUCGCACGUGGGACGACCACGCCCUGCGCAAACAGGAGUUGCGCGAGAUCAAGAUGCUGCAAAAACAAGAGCAGAAGCAGUUCCAGGACCUCAGCGCUAAGGAGGCGCAGCUCAGGGAGCAGCAGGACAAGAGGUUCGAAGCGGAGUUGGCGUCUCUAUGUCGAGCUCAUGAAGCAGACUUGGAUACGUUGGCUCGAGCCCAAAGAGCGGCGGCCGAACGAGCCGAACAGCAACUAGAAGCAGAGUUACGGGCCCAAGCGAAGCGCCUUCGAGCAGACCACGAGAGAGAUUUGCGGCACUUUAGGGAUACGCUCAAGCAGGAGUUGCGGCUGCUUAAACAGGAAGUAGAACUAGUCGCAAAGGACCGUCGCAAAGACGCGUACAGGCAGCGUCGGACGCGGCUGGACGCCGAGCACGCGGCCCGCGAGCGCGCGUUCGUCGCAUCGUUGGCCGAGAGCGGGGACGCCGUGCUCAGGCGCGUGCACGCCACGCACCGCGAGAGGCAGGCUUUGGCCGACAGACAGCAUUUGCAGCAGAGGCAGCAGAUAAUGCGUACCCGGGAAGCAGCUCUCUGGGAAUUAGAAGAGAAACAAAUCCACGAGAGACACCAGCUCGCGAAACGACAACUCAAAGAUGAGUUCCUGCUCAGACGGCAUCAGAUGCUGGUCAGGCACGAUAAGGAGUUGGAGCAGAUUAAGAGGAAAAACCAACGCAAAGAGGAGGAGUUGGCGAAGUGCCAGGCGUUAGAGAAGAGGUCUCUUCCCAAACGUAUACGUGCGGAGCAGAAGGCGCGAGAGAUGAUGUUCAGGGAGUCUUUGAGAAUAGGAGCCGCCACUCACAGUCAUGAUGAUGAGAGGGAAAGACUUAAGAAGUUCCAAGAGAACGAGAAACGUCGUUACCGAGCUGAACAACAGAGGCUGGCGACGAAACACGCGAAAGCCAGGGAGGAGCUGAAGGCUGCUGGAGAGGCGUUACUACGCGAACUGGAGCAAUACCAGAACGAGAAGCGCAAAGCGCUGAUGAACCACGAGAGCAAUAAGAUGAAGACCAUCGAGGAGCGGUAUGGGCUGGAGUUGAAGGAGUGGCGCGCCACUUUGGGAGAUAGGAAGCAGAAUCUUGUCGAAGUCUUCACAAAGCAACUCGACGAUCACGAGAACAAAUUCGGCAUUGCCAUACCGGACCGUGAGGGUUAUCUUAACAUCCCUUGGCCAAAGAACGUCUUGCAACACGUCCUAUCAACGUACCACCAACGGAACUCCUUCAUUGGCUCGCUGUCGCGGUCCAGAACAAGUCUGAACUUGGUCCUAUCCACCGCAAACACGCCAAACAUGGAACGCAGGAGUUCAUCACCCAAUCGACUCACGAAAUCCGCAGCCUCCAGCGCCACGAACACCGCCAAACGCGGGAGACUGACCAAAGCCCAGAAAUUUGGAUCCACAUCCAACUUGAAACUGGUCUCCGAGAAGAUAUCUGGAUUCUCAGUGUUUAACAAUGAUGAGAUCAAACGUCUUCCGAUAAUGGCGUACGAUGAUAUACCGCGGGAGAUCGAGGAGGAACCGAAGAGGCUGGAGAGGUCGAAGCCGGUUCAGAAGAAGUUGAACAGGCAGAGUUUGAGCGAGCAGCUGUUUAAGGAGGUGAACGAAACCACGAUGAAACGAAGUAUGUCACAGCUGAGUUUGAAAGAUGUAAGCAUGGAGGCGGUGAUGAUAGAUAUGCCGUCGUUGGAGGGGAGGGAUGAUAGCAGUGAUGAUGAAAGGCAUUUCAGCAGAUGGGGCGCGGUUAGGGGGUCGAAUAGUUAUGCGAACGCACCAAGCGUGCCAGUCAGUCAAUUGUCGACGCUUAAUUUGAAGACUCAAGUUAAUAAGGCUAAAAGUCCGGAUUCUGUAGCUUAA